AUGGCUGAGCAGCUGGUUCUUCGCGGCACCCUCGAGGGCCACAAUGGCUGGGUUACUUCCCUGGCUACCUCUCUGGAGAACCCCAACAUGCUGCUGUCGGGCUCUCGCGACAAGACCCUGAUCAUCUGGAACCUCACCCGCGAUGAGCAGGCCUACGGUUACCCCAAGCGCAGCCUGGAGGGCCACUCCCACAUCGUCUCUGACUGUGUGAUCUCCUCCGACGGUGCCUACGCUCUGUCCUCCUCGUGGGACAAGUCCCUCCGCCUCUGGGAGCUGUCCACCGGUAACACCACCCGCACUUUUGUCGGCCACACCAACGACGUUCUCUCCGUCUCUUUCUCCGCCGACAACCGUCAGAUCGUCUCCGGAUCCCGUGACCGCUCCAUCAAGCUGUGGAACACCCUCGGUGACUGCAAGUUCACCAUCACCGACAAGGGCCACACCGAGUGGGUUUCCUGCGUCCGCUUCAGCCCCAACCCCCAGAACCCCGUCAUUGUCUCCGCUGGUUGGGACAAGCUCGUCAAGGUCUGGGAGCUCGCUUCCUGCCGUCUGCAGACUGACCACAUCGGUCACACCGGCUACAUCAACACCGUCACCAUCUCCCCGAUGGAUCCCUGUGCGCCUCCGGUGGCAAGGACGGUACCACCAUGCUGUGGGAUCUUAACGAGUCCAAGCACCUCUACUCCCUCCACGCCGGUGACGAGAUCCACGCCCUGGUCUUCUCCCCCAACCGCUACUGGCUGUGCGCCGCCACCAGCAGCUCCAUCACCAUCUUCGACCUCGAGAAGAAGAGCAAGGUUGAUGAGCUCAAGCCCGAGUACGUUGAGAAGGGCAAGAAGAGCCGUGACCCCGAGUGUAUCUCCCUGGCCUGGUCCGCCGACGGCCAGACCCUGUUUCGCCGGUUACACCGACAACAAGAUCCGUGCCUGGGGUGUUAUGUCGCGGGCUUAG